CAGCGGCGGAGCGCACUUAGCAGAAGGCGGAAGGCCGGGCGGGCGCUAGGCCAGCGGCCGGAGCUGGCAAAAAAAGGUUUGGGGUUGUCCUGGUGACAUGCUGUUCCCAGAGGGCCCUAGGCAGGUGCGCAUGCGCUUGGCACUCCUGCUGCUAUGGCACCUGCUGUCGCUCCUGCCACGAUGCGGGGCCACGGACCCCCCGCGCUACGACCCUACGUGGGAGUCUCUGGACCGCCGGCCGCUGCCCUCCUGGUUCGACCAGGCCAAGUUCGGCAUCUUCAUCCACUGGGGAGUGUUCUCCGUGCCCAGCUUCGGCAGCGAAUGGUUCUGGUGGUAUUGGCAAAAGGAAAAGAGACCCAAGUUUGUGGAGUUUAUGAAGGAUAAUUACCCCCCUGGUUUUAAAUAUGAAGAUUUUGGGGUGCUAUUUACAGCCAACUAUUUUAAUGCCAACCAGUGGGCAGAUAUUCUCCAGGCCUCUGGUGCCAAAUAUGUUGUCUUAACCUCCAAACAUCACGAAGGCUUUACCUUGUGGGGUUCACCCUAUUCCUGGAAUUGGAAUGCAGUUGACGAGGGGCCGAAGAGGGACAUUGUCAAGGAGCUUGAGGUGGCCAUCAAGAACAACACCAACUUGCACUUUGGACUGUACUAUUCUCUUUUUGAAUGGUUCCAUCCACUCUUCCUGGAGGACAAAUCCAGUUCAUUCCAAAAGCAGCAAUUUCCCAUUUCUAAGACAUUGCCUGAGCUCUAUGAGUUAGUGAACAAGUACCAGCCCGACGUCCUGUGGGCAGAUGGAGAUGGGGGAGCACCAGAUCACUACUGGAACAGUACUGGUUUCUUAGCCUGGCUGUAUAAUGAAAGCCCAGUUCGGAAGACCGUGGUCACCAACGAUCGCUGGGGAGCUGGUUCCAUCUGCCAUCAUGGCGGCUUCUAUACCUGCAGCGACCGUUACAAUCCUGGACACCUUUUGCCACAUAAAUGGGAAAACUGCAUGACAAUAGAUCAGUUCUCCUGGGGUUACAGGCGGGAAGCUGGAAUCAAUGAUUAUCUUACAAUUGAAGAAUUGGUGGAGCAACUUGUGGAAACCGUCGCAUGUGGAGGAAAUCUUUUGAUGAAUAUUGGUCCCACACUAGAUGGCAUCAUUCCUGUGACUUUUGAAGAGCGAUUAAGGCAGAUGGGAUCGUGGCUCCAAGUCAACGGGGAAGCUAUUUAUGAAACACACCCUUGGAGAUCUCAGAAUGAUACUUGCACUCCAGAUGUGUGGUACACCUCUAAACCCGAGAAACAAAGAGUCUAUGCUAUUUUUCUUAAGUGGCCCAUCUCAGGAAAGCUGUUUCUUGGAGAACCUGUGGCUAGUCUGGGGGAGACAGAGGUAGAACUACUGGGCCAUGGGCAGCCACUGACUUGGACUUCUUCAAAGCCAAAUGGCAUCACAGUGGAGUUGCCACACCUAAGCUUUCACCAGAUGCCCUGUCAAUGGGGAUGGACUCUCACACUAACUAAUGUGACUUAACCUGCAGCCGAGAGAUGUAUGCCACAG